AUGGAUCCGCAAAUCGACGGUGCGGACAGCCGACUCGAGAAUGCCGACGCCGCGGGGGUUCUACUGGCUACAGACUUGGCCCUCACGUUGACGCCGCCCGUCGCCGCUUCUAGAAGGGGAGACCCCGCUUCGCGAAUCGUUCCAUCGCGAGACGCCGACGAGGUGCUUUCCCGAAGCGCGUCAAACACGAGGCCAGCGGCAGAGGCGGCCCAGCUGGAAAGGUUCCCCACGUCGAGCAGCCGAACGCGCAGCCCGCCGGCAACUGCUGGAGGCUCCGUCGUGGGCGGCUUGGGAAUGUCGCUGGAUCCUACUACUACCGCUGAUGCUAACCGCCCUGCCAAAGCUCCCGCCGAGGCUCUUCAACAGGUUCGGCAGCAGCCGCAGCAGCACCCAGAGCACCUACAGGAGUCCCAGCUACAAGAGAUUCUGUUCCGCUCGCGGCCGUUUUCCCCGUCUCUUCUUGCGGCGGAGUCAGCGGGCCGAUUCUCGGCACGGCAGCCAAGCGAUGUGUUUCUCAGUCGUGGCGCGACAAAUGCUCCUAAUAGCGCAGUCCCCCCACCGACGCGACUGCCGCGUUUUUUUGCCGCUCCAAGCGGAGCUCGAGCUCCCUUUUCGGGAUCGCCUGAUUCGCCGGGCGGCUCCAACAUUCCGUCAGCGCCGCCUACCGCGGCGCCGUUGACGUACGAUGCAGCAGCGGUGGUGGUGGAUUCGGUUGCGCAGUUUCUCCGAAGCCUCGGCGCGCCGCCCGCUCCUUCCGCCCUUCCUGGAGUUUCCCCUGCGAGUACCGCACCAUUCUCCGCUCCCCCACUUCCCCUUGCCAGAGCCUCCGCUCCCGAGGCUCUUUCCGCUCCGCUCGCUCCCCCAACAUCAGCGCCUUCCGCUUCAGGCCCUUCGUUUGCCGACGCAAGCGUUGGGUCCGCAGCAGAGCUUGCCGCGCGGCUGUUGGGCGCGCCAGGCAGGAAUGCAGGGGGUCAAGAAAAUCUCGCGCUAUUGGGCCGGCUCUGGGGCGCCGCAGGACCCGCCGCAGCGCCGCUGGCACAAAGUGGGAGUGCGCAACUGCCACGAGAAGGCGGAAAUGGCGGCGGUGAACUUGGGAUAAGCGCGGCGGGAGGACAUUUUGCGCUCGGGGUAGGCGUCCGUGCAAGGGAGAGAAUGAGUGCAGGGCAGGGGUAUGGGGAAGAGGACGAAAGAGAACCCAGGGGUGCGGAAGGGGGAGAGCAGGGGGAAGCAGGUGAGAGGGGAACUGGAGGAGCAGAAGGGGAAGUGGAGGGGGAAGCGGCGUCAGCGGAAGGAGGGGAAGACGGCGAGGGGAGCGGGAAUAAAAGAAAGAUGCGGCUAUCGCAGGAGCAGCAGAGCACAAUGGAAGCAGUAUUCAGGAAAACCCCGAGGCUCACUCCCAGGGAAAAGUGCGUGCUGGCGGGGCAGCUGGGCGUGCGGGUGAGGCAGGUGGAGGUGUGGUUUCAGAACCGCAGGGCGCGCACCAAGGUGAAGGAUACGGAAGUGGAGCUGGACGGCUUGAGGCGGCGCUGCCAGACACUAGCUGACGAAAAUCGCCGCCUCAAAGAGAGGCUCAGUGCCCUCCUUUCAAGCAGCAGCCAUGAGUCUGAAGCUCACAGAAGCAGCUCUACCGGUGACUUGCAUGCAAAGCGAGUCUGGACAGCAAGGCUUGGCUACUCUGAAUGGACAACAGCAGCUGGGAGAGCAGCAGCAACGCACGCUCGUGCAUCAAUUGCAGCAAGCAGUGGAACAGCGCGUUGGAGCUCUGGCUGA